UCCACACUGCAAUUCAAAACAACCUCCAUCUCUAGUGUCUCUUAGCUCACUAAACCAUUCUCUUCACUUAAAACCUUUUUUCUCUUUUCACCAAUCAUGGCACCCAAUAUCACCACCGUUGCCACCACUGAGCAAGCCAAAGUUGGUGGCGGAAAUGGACGUGCCUUCGUCACGUUUCUUGCUGGGAACGGUGAUUACGUAAAGGGUGUUGUUGGUUUGGCCAAAGGAUUGAGAAAGGCCAAAAGCAAGUACCCUUUGGUGGUUGCUGUGUUACCUGAUGUUCCUGAGGAACACCGUAAGAUUCUUGUUUCCCAAGGUUGCAUUGUUAGGGAGAUUGAACCUGUGUAUCCCCCUGAGAACCAGACACAGUUCGCCAUGGCCUAUUAUGUCAUCAAUUACUCCAAGCUUCGUAUCUGGGAGUUUGUGGAUUUCAACAAGAUGAUAUACUUAGACGGUGACAUCCAAGUUUUUGGAAACAUCGACUACUUGUUUGAUUUGCCUGAUAACUAUUUCUAUGCGGUGAUGGAUUGUUUCUGUGAGAAGACUUGGAGCCAUACCCCUCAAUACCAAAUUGGCUACUGCCAACAAUGCCCUCACAAGGUUCAAUGGCCCUCUCACUUUGGGCCUAAGCCCCCUCUAUAUUUCAACGCUGGAAUGUUUGUUUAUGAGCCCAAUUUGGCCACUUACCAUGAUCUUCUCCAAACAGUCCAACUCACUAAGCCCACUUCCUUUGCAGAGCAGGAUUUCCUGAACAUGUACUUCAAGGACAAAUACAAGCCCAUACCAAACAUGUACAACCUUGUGCUAGCCAUGUUGUGGCGUCACCCAGAGAAUGUUGACCUUGACAAAGUUCAAGUGGUUCACUAUUGUGCUGCAGGUUCUAAGCCUUGGAGGUUCACUGGGAAGGAGGAGAACAUGGAUAGGGAAGAUAUCAAGAUGCUUGUAAAGAAGUGGUGGGACAUAUACGAGGAUGAGACAUUGAACUUCAAUAACAACGUUGUCAACAUGGAACGCUUCACGAAAGCGAUGUUGGAGGCCCGUGGCAUUCAAUAUGUGCCAGCCCCUUCUGCUGCCUAAUAUGCUUGCUUGCUAAACUUAUUAUAUUAUAGCUAUGAAUUAAAGUCUAACGACCAAAUAUAUGUAUUGUUGUUUUUUUGUUUUGGGGUUUUCUAAAGACUAAAGGAACAACAUCUAUGGUUUUAAUGUGGAUGAUCUUCCUGUAUACGAUGAAGUCACAUAUCAAUACAACUUUUGAUUAUUGAGAUUUA